AUACAUUUUUUUCUAUUUCGCGGAUAUACACAGAAAGGUGUUCACGCGAACGCGAUAUCUCUCUUUCCCAUCGAAUUUCGCAAACAAAAAUUUACUGUCAGCCACCCCCACUCGUCCUCAUCGCGUAUUAUGCGUCACCCUAUAUUACGCGUCUAGUUUUAUGCCAAACUAGAGCGCGCCGUGCUAAAGAUAGGUCGUUGCAAGCAGGAAUCGGUGUGCAUCCAUUACCGGCGCAGGGAACAAGGGCGACCUUGGCCUUACGAGCUUAUAUAAUGAGGAAGCGGCCGAUUCACGAGCUCAGUCGUUUCGACGCGAUAUUCGAGCCGAUCGCGAUCUACCAGACAGAACGCAUUUUUCCGGAUGCAUUCCUCUUUUUUUCCUCUUCAUAUGCUCCAUAUCGAUUUAUACUCGAAACGUCAUUAGAAUGCUCCUCGCGCUUUUUUCCAAGAAGAGAAACAAAUUGCAUCGCCAAUGCAUUACUAAAGCGUCUAUCGCUCAUUUUCCACGCCAACGCAAAAGUUUUUCUUUUUCGCUCGAGCGCGAAAAUCUAGUCGAAGCGUUUCUCCACGCAGUUUCAUAAGCCGGCUAAUUAUCCACUACACAACGUUGGAAACUUCCACGAGGUCGUUAAAGAAAAUGCGAACGACACCGCUCGAGAUGGUAGUCGCUCGAUCGGAAAAAUAAAAGUGCCAUUAAAGGAGCGCGCGCGCUGCUGCAACUGAUCGACUGACCGGAGAUCGCGGUGGGGAUUUCUCCGCUACGCUGUGGAAAAUCAACGUCUCUUCUUGGCAGAAACGGAGGUAGCCCGUGGGUGGCAGCGGCGGCACGACAGAGAUCGCGAGCCUCUUCCGCUUUUUUGACAGAUGCGAGCGUCAGUGCCGCGCGACGCGUCGCAGUGCCCGUCAAAGUGAGGUCGAGCAUUGUUUACGACAUUGUUUACGCAGUGUUCACCCGUUCGCGGGUUGAAACGAUUCUGGCGAGCCACGCCAGAAAAGUGAACGGGUGAGAUUACGCAAUAUCAACACUAGGUGACCCACUAGCAGGCGAUCACGAAGAAGGAUGGUCAAUUCGAUAUUGCUUCUUUGGGCGUUGGUCGGCCUAAUUGGCCAAGUGCAUGGCAAAUGCAGCUUAGCACCGAUUGCCGACAAUGAUCGGUCGAUCGCCUACGCGUGCAUCCACGGUGACCUAAGCGACCUCGACGAACUGUCCGGCGAGACUGAGUGGAUUGAAUUCUCGGUGUCGCGCUUCCACACGAUUCCCGACGACGCGUUUCACCGAUUCCCGAAUCUACGUCGCCUGUCUUUUUACAAUUGCCACGUAAAUUUGAUCGAACCCGCGGCGUUUCGCGGCUUGAAUCGACUCGACUGGCUGAUUUUCCAUGGCACGAGGAUCCAUGCGGUGAGGUCCGCGUGGUUCCGGCACUUGCCGAAUAUCAGACGACUGGUCCUAGACAGAUGCGGCCUGGUGCACGUCGAGCCUCACGUUUUUCGCAUGUUACCGCGACUGGAGACCCUGGACUUGCGCGACAAUGACCUCGAUUGUCUGUCGGUGGAGGAGCUGUCAUAUCUGACGGCGCUCAGGACCGUGCGCAUUGAUGGCAACCCGUGGUUGUGCGAGUGCCGCCUGAGAAUGGAGAGGUUCUUUCGCGAGAGAUCGAUUAUUCAAGAGAUUGAAUGUAGAUUUCGACCGAGGAUCUGCACCGUGCAUCGAAAUCCGCAGUGCAUGACACAGAUCGAAAUCCCGCUUCCACCUCCGACGAUAACCAUCGAACCGAUAGAAAAUUUCGAGGAACGUUCCGGCCACCGCUUCCAGAUAAGCGCGCUGACGUCACUGGACCGUCUGCCGGACAGGACUACGUGGAUUCAGAUCGUGGGUCUGGGGAUCGAUCGUUUGCCCGCGUACGCGUUCUUCCGUUUCGGCAACAGCCUGCGCAGUCUGGAUCUGCGCGAUUGCUCAAUCGGCGCGAUCGAGCCGGGCGCGUUCGCCGGUCUGCAUCAGCUGCAACGGCUCACGCUCGUCGGCAACCGGCUGCCCGCGGUUGCCGCCCAUUGGUUCAGUGAUCUCGUUGCACUCCGCCAAUUGGUACUCGCGCGCAACGGCAUCGAGCACAUUGAGCCUGGCGCUUUGCAACCACUCGUCGGCAACUUGCGCCAUCUGGACGUGCGAUACAAUCGACUACGUUGCCUGCCGUUGGACGAGCUGGCACAUCUGAGGCACCUCGAACGACUCGACAUCAUCGGGAACCCGUGGUACUGCGAGUGCCGCAGGAAUCUGGAGAAAUACCUGAUGGACCGUAACGUGGGAUUCGAUAUCACUCGUGCUGAUCGCUGUUACGAAGAGAACGAAGUUAUUGAACCGACCGACGGAUGGCAGCACCCGAAAAUAACGAUGCACGGCCACGUGCAUUGGACCACUUUUGAGGACACUCUGAGCCAAAGAAAUAUCACUGUAAUAAGACCGAUCGUUGAAGUUCCCACAGAGAGACCACCGGUUCACAGGGGUACUUGCGUGCGAGACAAGACUCAAAUGUCACGGCAGGUUUUCACCUGUAGCGGCAUCACUUCGCUCACCGAGCUGGAUGUCUUACCUCGUUCAGUUCACGCCAUUCGCAUCGUCCUUUCGAAUCUGAAGACGAUUCCAACGCGAGCAUUUGCCCGCUUCGACGGCUGGCUAUCCCAGCUAGAAUUACGCGAUUCCAAUAUCGAGACGAUCGAGCAUCGCGCCUUCAUUGACCUGUAUAAUCUGGAGCGCUUAUCACUGCACAGUAAUCAGUUGAAUUCAGUGACAUCCGAGGCAUUAGAGGGCCUGACAAAUCUUCGAUACCUGGACCUCUCGCGCAAUCACAUCUAUCGUAUUCCCAACGAGGUCUUCGACACACUGUCGCAGCUGCACAUUCUUGAUGUAUCCGAGAACUACAUGAACUGCCUCGGCGUGGAGCAUAUGGCGCGCAAAAUGCCGCAUCUGUAUUCUCUCAAAGUAUCAGGCAAUCCAUGGAGUUGCUUGUGCGGCACCAAGCUGGCCAGUUUCCUGGACUCCCGCAAGAUACCAUAUAAUCGCGACUCCCUAUUCGACGUGAAUGACGAUUGUUAUGUCACCAUCUUGCCGACGACGCCUCCCACAACGGCAGUGACUUCUUACACCCCAUCACGGACUACCACGACUACCGAGCCACCCUCGAUAGGCUUCUACAAUGAGACCCUGGAAGGUUCCUGCUUUAAAAUUCCCGAGUCUACGGAACCACGAUAUCGCUGCGUGGGUGGCAAUCUAAUAUUGCUAAAAAACAUACCACACAACGCUGUUUAUAUCGAAUUCUACGAGGGUCAUUUGCCCGUUCUUCCGGUCAAUGCUCUCUACAAUUUUCGUAACUUGCAUGAGCUAAUCAUUAGGAACUGCGGUCUGAGAACGAUCUCGCCUGGUGCUUUUCGGGGUCUGGACUCUUUGGAACGGCUCACUAUUCAGGGUAACCCACUGACGUCGAUUGAGGCGAACUGGUUCAACAUAGAACAUCUCGAACGGCUGGAUCUGCGCGGUAAUUCAAUCCGCUAUAUCGCACCGGGCGCUUUUCGCCAUCUGCGCAGGCUGGUUUAUCUAAAUCUCGAGGGCAACGAUCUGCAGUGCAUCUACACCAGUGAUUUUCAGGAUAUGCCAAAUUUGCACAUCGUCGAGUUUGCUGGCAACCCGUUGAAGUGGCGCUGUCGCAUGGAUCUGGAGCAGUUUCUCGAAACUCAGAAGAUUAAGUUCAUUAAAGUGGAGAAUUCGUGCGAGGGAAAGAAGAUCAUGAGAAAUCUUCUUUAUCAGAAUCGCACUGUCGAGCUGGAAUGUCCACCGGGUUGUUCGAUGGCGAGCAAUAUCGAGCUGGAAAAGAGUUCAACGUUGGCAUUUGUAUUGUUCUUCACGAUAUGGAUGUAUUAGUUGUUCGGCAAAUAAGAACAAAAGUAAGGCUAGAGUUAAGAUACUCAAAGACCUUGUCUUAUCAACGAGUGAAAUAGUUUUUGAGGUUCAAUCAUCAUUGGAAGAAUUAGGAAAAUUAUUAUACAUUCGGAUAUUAAGCAAUAAUAUUAAAUAUAUCGGUACAAUUCACGAAACACGAACUAAUAGUGUAACAUUACAUUAAAAUUAUAUUAAAUUUUCCACUCACAAUAUAACAUUUGUUCUACAUAACAAAUAGUUACAUUACAUUGAGUGAGAAAUUAUAAUGUAUUGAUGUAUUGUAAUAUGUUACUGUUAGUUUGUGUUUCGCGUAAAUAUAUAGAUGCGGUAGUGAUUUUGAUAAUCAACGGAGUUCUGAAAGUAAAGUUGCCUUUGUAGUAGGUGAGGAUAGAUUUGGUAUUGUUAAUGUUGUCAUUCAAUGUGUUCAUACCGUGAAAGCGCUUAUAAACUAAUAAAUACGUAUAUUUAUUUUUUGGAACGCAUAUAUAUUUAUAACUUAUAACUUUAAACCCUUCGAAGUCCUCCCCGUAAUAUUACACAUUAGAUAAUAUCAUAUGUUGUAUAUAGGAUAACGCUUCUUGAUCUCUAGAUAUUUCGUUAAAUUACUUUGAUUGUACCUGUUUGUCGCACGCUGUACAAUUAUGGACAUAUCAGAAAUAUUGCAAUAAAAAUGCAAUAAAAUAUCGACGAGAAAAUACAAAAGAAACUCAGAGCAACUUCAACCAAACUUUGCUUAACUUAAUUGGAUUAAUUUAAUUAGCAGAAUGACUGCUUGGA